CUUUUAUAUAAGCACAGUUCUCAGAUGUUUCUAUAUAUAUAUAUAUAUAUGUAUGUGUAGAUGUAUGUAAGUUGAUAUUGUCGGCGCAGACUUUGACAGGAAAUUCCAGCGUGUUCUAUGAUUCUUCUUCUUAUUUUGGAGAGCUUUGAUGGAAGAGAAGAGACUAGAUUUCGACCGGCCGCUCCUAUCCAUUAGAAGGCCUUCGUCUACGCCAACCUCGGAGCCGGGGAACAGAACAAGAUCUCAUGAUUCAGCAGCACCAAAGAUGCUUACUCCUCCUGUUUACAAGUCUGACAUAAGAUCGGGUCCUGUCAGGAACCCCGGAACAGUUCCCUUUCAGUGGGAACACAAACCGGGAAAACCCAAAGACGAUAACAAAUCAGAUUCGCAAGUUCUUGAGCAGCAGCCACGCUUGGUGCCGAAGCUUCCGCCGGGUAGGACGUUGAAUGUUAGAGAGAAUGGUUCCGGGAGGAAGGCUGAAACUGAAGUUGUUGUUCAGACAAAACAUGGGAACGCUGCCAUUGCAGAGAAUGCGAGAAGUUCUUCUCGCUCUGAGUACGACGAUUGUGACGGUAACGAGGCCUAUGUGGAUGUCAUUGACACGCUUUCAAGAUCUGAAUCAUUCUUCUUGAACUGCAGUGUAAGUGGUGUAAGCGGGUUGGAUGGUCCGAACCUGCAUCCCUUCUUAUCUGAUCCGAGGACUCGGGAUUUCAUGAUGGGGAGGUUCUUGCCCGCAGCGAAAGCAUUAGCUUCAGAAACACCUCCACAUCUUACUAGAAAACCGCCUCUACCGAAAGAACAGCCAUGGCAGAUCAAGAAGGAGGUCGUGCCCAAGAUUAAUAUGAAGCAUACGAAAACAGUUCAGAGACAUUUUCUGGUUCAACAGCAGGAGAGAUGGGAGGAUAGCGGAGACGAGGAGGAGGAUGAUGAGUCUGUUACACGCAAAAGCACAAUGCCUGGAGUCUGUGGAUUACUACCUCAGAUUUGCUUGAAAAGCUCUUUCGGGGUUUUGAACCCGGUGCCAUCCAUGAGAGCGCAGGCCCAAAGAGCUGUUUCUGUACGUAGUCGGCCUUCUAAUCAUCCGAACUCGAUACGUUGCCAUGAAAAUGAGAACAAGCACGGUAACGGAGCUCGACAUGAACAAAGGUUAAGUCCGAGAUGUCAGAAAACAGAGAUGCAGGAAGUUAAGAUGAAGUCGAAUACCGAAGCUAAGCAAAGCCCGUGUGGAAGAACAGCUCAGAAACCAAAUGGGUCAUCAGCUCCGCAAGGUGAGGAGGCAUUCGCAGUAGCAACUUUUAUCUCACAAGAGAAGGAAAAAGCUGAGAAUUAUGUUCAUGUCUCAAUGGAUAAUCCACGUACGAAAACCAGCAAAAACUUCGGAGAGCUGUUGGCUAGUGACGAUAAUAGAUGGGAACCUUGCCAUGACAGUCCUGUGUCUGAGAAAACUCUGUAUGUAGACACUGUACAUACCGUAAGAUCCCCAAAGACAGACGCAAAGGUACAAGCAGAGUUCGAGAGCCCUUCAAUGGAGGAUCUUCAAGUUAAGGAUGUCCAAGAAUUGUCUGACAUUACAGUUGACGAGCCUCCAGUCCAAGAGUUCAGCGAAUGCAGAAGCAGAAAAGAGAAUGAACACGAGCAGGCUACUGUUCCAUUACAAGGAAUCGAUCUGGAAGUCCAAACGCAGAAAAGCUCGAGUCCUUCUGAUGAAAGCUCCAACGGCUAUCAACAACAGCUUCUUCCUCCGCCAUUACCAAAAGCUCCUUCAGACUCUUGGCUGAAACGUACGUUGCCUACAAUGCCGCCGUCAAAGAACCCGUCGACAUGGAUUUCUCUUGGUAAUGCUGAAACCUUCUCCAAGAUUCAAGCUUUCCAUCUCCAGAUCUCUCCAGCAAAUCCCACGUGGGAAACCAUGGUGAAAACGUCCAACUCUAAGCAAGGGCUCGUCCAAUUCUCCAAGGAGAAACUCAACCCUAUACCUGAGGCAUAAUCGCCAUUGGAGAAUGGCAGAGGAAGGAGGAGAAAGUUCAGAACAGAAACAGUGAAGUUUUGCUUUUUUUUUUUUUUUAAUUACUUGUAAAUUUGAACAUAUCUGCUGCAAUAAAAAGGUGAAAAUUCUUGA